GUUGCUGCCAUCACUGCCUCUUUCAAUUUCUUUGCGGGAUGCCCUUCGCCGUCCUCCCCCUGCGGCCUCCACGUGGCUGAAUCGUGGGAGGCACUCCAUCGAGCUGGCUGCAUAGCAGGGCCUUGAGAUGGGUGUGGGCGGAUUAGGUGGGCGGGGGAGUAACAGGUGGCCCGGUGGAGGCGAGGGAGUGCAGGAGACGUUCUGGUUUAGCCAUUGAGAUGUUGGGCAGCUGAGGGGAGCGCGCCACCGUCACCGUCCCUCAGUAGGCAACCCUCCCUCGCUGCGCACACACGUUACGCACGCACGCACAACGAGAGCAUGGUGCACUAACAUAUACGGAGAGAAACACACAUACGGAGGAGAGGAAUAACACUAAAGCAAAAAAGCAGAGUGUACCCCAGUGAAGAUGUGGACAGCGAAGGUGCUGCGGGCAGUGUGUUUGGGGUGCCUGCUGGUGGCCGGCGCCCAGCCCACCUACGCAAAGAGAAUCCCCAGGUGGUGGAUGAAGGUGGCGCAGCGGCAGGGACCUAACGCCUGUGUGGUCGAGGAAGUUCCCAACACUGGUCUCGAGUUCUGGACGGAAUGUCGGUACUGGUUGAACCGGAAAAUCUGCGGGAGACGGACGCGGAUCAGAUUCGAGUGUUGUGAAGGUUUCGAAAGGAAUGGAGACGAGAAUGGCUGUACAAGAGUCAAGCCGCUCAUGAAUUUAUUAGAGACAGCCGAGAGUCUUGGAGCCACGAAAUGGGCACAAUACAUUAGAGAAUCAGGCCUGGCAGGAGAAUUAGAGGGAGCUGCUGCCUACACGCUCUUCGCUCCCACCAACGAGGCCUUUGAGAACCUGCGUAGGUCACUGAAGAGUCAAAUGGAGGCCUACCGCGGCAACCCCAACAACCCCAUCUUGCUGUACCAUAUGCUCCCCACCAAGCUGCUCAGCGACAACUUCCAGGCUGACAUGAUGGCCGAGACUCGGUAUCAAGGCCAUAGUGUCAGGGUCAACAAAUACUCCAACGGGAUGACGACGAUCAACUGCGCGCUGCUCAUUCGCAAGGACCAGCACGCGACCAACGGAGUGGUUCAUCUCAUCAGCAAUGUCUUGGAUCCGUCUAUUGGCAUUGGACGCAACGUGGUGGACAUUGUACUCGGUGUAAGUCAAGGCCUGUGCCUCCACCUCACCUCAUUGUCUUCCUUCUUCUCUUCCUUUUUAGUUGAUUCACCUUGUAACUUUUUUCCUCUCUCCCUCACAGCCUUGAUCCAGAACCACAUCAUUCCACACGUGAUAUGUGAGUCUGCCGUCACGGGGGAGCACCGCGUGACAACCACUUCGAAAGACAAACUCAUGUUCUCAUGCGACAUUGACGGCACGUACGUGGAGACGACUAAGAUGCGAGGGAACUUUAACCUGGGCCAGAACGGCAUCAUACAUAUGAUUGACGAUGUGCUUCUGCCCGACCGAGCGAAGAAUUUGCUGGAGCUGGCCGAGAGCCGCCAACUGUUUACAUUUGUGGAGUUGGUCAAGAAGGCGGGCCUAGAGGAGACGCUCAGCCACACAGGGGAUUAUACUUUCUUCGUCCCUGACGAAGCGGCGUGGUAUGAUUCAUCCUUCUCUCCUCCUGUUAUUCUAACUUCUACAUUAACAAUUAACACCACCACUACAACCACCUUCACCUCAUUACAUAACUUCCUUCUCCCUCAGGCCAUCAUGUCCCUGAACGAGGAGGACCCAGUGCGGCUGCAGGUGUGGCGCCGCUCCCUGGGAGUGGAGGACGCACAGAUCACGUUGCCCGACCUGGAGGCACAGAACGGCGUCAUCCACAUCAUCAACAAGGUCAUCAUGCCUUCCAACCAGAGCCUUGCUGACGUUCUUCGCUCGCUGCCUGGCCACAGUUUCGAAACGUUCCUGGAGGCCGUGGACCGUGUAUCGCAGGAGGGAGAGGCGGGAACGCUGCUUAGCCUCGGUCCUGGAGACGAGAUGUUCUAUACUUUCUUCGUGCCUACGGACAGAGCCUUCCGCAGGGUGAACCAGGCAAUGCUGAGGCGGUUGCGGCAGGACGAGGCCUUCACACGGCGGGUGGUGAGGCAGCACGUGGCAGUUAACAUGUUUCCUGAGAUCUCCUUCGAGAAGAACCUGGUAUACACGGUCAAUGGCAUGGCAGGACCCUUCGACGUAAAGAAAACUAAGGACGACAUUCUUAAGGUAAACGGAGAGGAGGUUGUCAGCUCUCACCUGUGUGCCAAUGGCGUUAUCCACGUGAUCAACAAGGCAUUUAUGCCAGAGUCCUACACUUCCACCGUGCAACACGAGACCUAUGGGGAGACCGAAGGUAUGCUGGGCUUUCCUCUCCCCUCCAGAACUUCCAACAGCAGGACAUAUAAGGUCUCCUUUGCCAAGAGAUACAACGGCUUGAAUCAGGACCUAUCCGGCGUGGCCCAAGGUACUAGUGACGACUCCAUGCCUGCCCGUGCCUCCGGUAGGAAGACGGUCAAGCGGGGGAGAGGUGGGGGAUCAUUCGGUACCUCUUCCUCCUCGACUACUUUACCUCCCCCAGCCGCUGUUUCCCUCACUUCUAUCCCCGCACUCUCCUCGCCCACCUCAAAAGACACGGUGGAAGACACGCACCUCGAAAGUACGAGGCAUGACGCUCUAGAGGACGAGGUUUCUGCUAACACUCUCAGUGCAUCUUCGGAAGGUCCGCGUGAUCCUAAUGAUGAGUUAGUGCAUUAUAAUGAACCAGGUCUCCGCGACGGCCACGGUUCGCGCCCAAGAUACCCAAAGGGAUCCUUCUCCAUCAAAGAUGGAUUCCAUUCUUCAACUUCAUAUGAUCCUUCUGUUACCACAUCUUCCACCAUCACCUCUACCGUCACAUCCUCCUCCCACUCCACCUCCAUCCAUGGAGUACAGGAAGAUGCAGAGGAGCUAAAGGAGAAGCAGUUAGUGGAUAGCGGUCAGCGAGGAGCAGGAGGAAGAGGAGAAGGAGGAGAAAGAGAUUCUUUGGACACCUCUCAUCGUACUUAUCAUCCUGAUUUAUAUGGAAGCUCCUUUCCAGAAUCCACAUCUAAACGACCAUAUGACUCAGAUUUAGAUAGAGGCUCCUCCACCUCCUCUUCCAAAUCCCGUCGUCGAUAUGACCCUGAUUUAGAUUCUUCCAUGCUUCGUCGUGAAAAUGACCCUGAUAGAAAUGAAGAUUCUUCCUCAUCUACGUCUUCCUCCUCUACAUCUCGGCGUCGAUAUGAUCCUGUCUUAGAUAGAUAUAACACUGAUUUAGAUAGAAACCAUUCCUCUCUCUCUUCUUCCUCUUCAUCCUCUAUCUCUUCCUUUGAAUCCACAUCCCAUCGUCGAUACAAUCCUAACUUCAAUAACUCAAAUAGAAACCUCUCCUCCUCCUCUUCCUUUGAUUCAUAUACGCCCCGUCGUCGAUAUGAUUCUGGAGUGAAUAGAGGCUCCUCCUCUUCCUCCUCCUCUUCUUCCUCCACAUCUCGUCGUCGCUAUAGUCCUGAUCUUGACCACGGUUCUAUCUCCACCUCAUCAUCAUCAUUUUCUCGUCAUCAUGAACCAGACGUAGACACCGGGCACUCCACUUCAUCGUCCUUCUCCAUCGAACACUCCACCACCAGGACUAGGUUUGAGUCUCCAUCAGGUAACUCUUCCCCACUGGCAGUCCCUCCACGCCUCCCUGGUGGCCAAGACAGCGCCAGUAGAUCCUUCCACACCAAUUACACUCGCUACUCUAGUCAGGACAGGAGUACCAGCCACUCCCAGAGCACUUCUACUACUGACAUGGCUGGGAGUACUACCACGCUAGAAAGAUCAAAUACGGACUUAAGGGAUGUCGCUGCUAAUCGAAGGGACUUUGGUUCCAGCUUAAGUAGGCCCAGAACUGACGAAACGGAGGUCAGUAUUGAUUCAAGCAGGACUAAUAUCAGGGGUUCCACUACUGAUGUCAGGGGCUCCACUACUGGUGUCAGAGACUCUAGUCCAGAUAUAAGGAGUUCUGGUAUUGAAUUAAGAUCUGAUGGUAAUAUAAGAGAUUCAAAUAUUGAUUUGAGGGGUUCUAGUGACUCAAAGAAUUCCGUUAAUGAUUCAAGACGGACUGACACCGUAAUAAAGGGAUCCAGUACUAAUAGAAGGGUGUCAAACACCAAUACUAAUUUGAGGGGUUCAAACUCUGGUGUAAGGGAAUCUAAUACUAUACUGAAGGGAUCUACCACAGAGCUUAGAGGGUCAGGUAGGGCGACAGGAAGCAGCGGACCCACCAUGCAAAGGGAGAUGGACACCCACGUAGGAGAUAUAAGUAAUGUCGGGGCCUCGAGUGGAUAUACGACCACCUCGUCCAGGAUAUACAGUUACGAGUAUUCGGGUGGGACAGGCGGUCACGAUCCUUAUUCCAAACCCUCUACCAGCAGUCCGUCUUUGCGCCCAUCCCCCUCUGCCAGGGACAGUACAGCAAGGCCUACAACAACAGGGGGUCGCAGGUUCAGCUACGUGGGCCACCGCUACGGGCAAGAUGUGGUAGGUCACACCAAUCAGCUGUCAGAGAUUCCGAGACCCUCGCCCCUCCCUUACCACUUGGGGACAGAGGGGCACGGAAUCUACGGGCGAGAAGUAGCUGGUAUUCGUUCUCUGGGUGAGGAAUCUGGAAGCGUGAGGGCUUUAGAAGGGGGAGUAAGCGGGGGUGGUGAGGGGGUUGGUAAGAGUGUUUACAAGUAUAGCAAGACUUCCCACGUGCAACAGCACCUCCACGGACCCCACGCGCUACAGCCUAGAACAAACAUGCACAGUGCCAGCAGCGGGCGCAGCACAACAACUAUCGGCAGCGUGCGGAGCAGCACCAAGCGACGUUACAACAUAACAAAGACCUCUUACUCGUAUUCUGUUCCGGUGCUUAGUUCCCGCUUCCCGCCACCCAUCCGCUCCGGUGAUAACAAGUUAGGCUCCUUGUCUCCUGUUUCAGCUUACGCUUUCACAGGAGACGAUGACAUGUACGCCGAUGGCACGGAGUUCGCAGAACUGAAGGGUGUUGGCUUGGAAAGCAUGACGCGGCAGGAGGCGCGAGAGCUGCGCCGCCGCUUCCGGAAAAAGCGGCAUCACAAGCGACGGGGCAGCGCGAAGGGCAGGCGGCGGCGGGGUAGACGAGGGAGAAGGAACCAAAGUCACCAAAAGACCACCAAGGUUGAGGCAUAGGAUUAGCGCAGUGCCCUGCCUUGCGGAGUGCCACAGACCUGAUCCAUCCACCCCAUGCCCCUCCCCAUGCAUCCCUCCAAUGCACCAUCCACCCACCUACCGCCUAGCUGGCACCCAUCGCUUGCCCGUCCCCAGCCUCUUACACCCUCUGCCACAUUCGCAUGUCAACAAUGACAAUAAAGAAGCUGAGAAAAAAUUAACGUAUUGUUAAGACAGUUUAGAAUGCUAGUAUGCUAUAGAAAAUAUAUCCCUACUGUAUUUUAUACGUUGACAAUAUAAGAGAAAUUAUUAUAUAUUGUAGAGCCUAUAUUAGUAUUAUAAUUAUUAUUAUA